AUGGGACUAGUGUAUCUUCAAUACUUCAAAGAUGAGCCUACCCUCCCUAAAGUCCCCGAAGCUACCGUUGAUAGGAGAGAUUCAUGGGGAGCGGGAAGCAAUAGUCGCCGAUCCUCAGAUAACACACUUUUCUCAAGGUCAAGCUUCUCCACUGCUUUAACCAACUUUAGAGAUGACGACUCCACAAUCACGGAAACAAUCGUAGACGAGAAACUACCCCUCGUAUCGAACGAUUCUCCUUAUAGCCUCUCUAGGGAUUCGAAUCUGUUGCUCUGUAACCAGUGCUAUACACAAGUCUGCCAAAUGCCAUUGAUUAUCAGCGAUAACUUUCAUGGGAAGCAUGGCAAAGCUUAUUUGGUCUCCCACCUUCUUAAUGUAGAGCUGGAUGAGAAGCCAUCUACUAAAAUUAUGCUGACUGGAGAGUACUUGGUAACCAACGUAUACUGUAAGCAGUGUCGGAGUUGUCUUGGAUGGAAAUAUUUAGAAAGCGAUUCUCGUAAGGAGAAUUACAAAGUUGGAAAGUUUGUCAUAGAGCUGGAACUCUUGGAGGAAGUAUCCGCAGGAAGGUGA